AUGUUUGUCAGGGGGAGGGGGGCGGCGGCAUUAGAAAUCAGUGGUCCGUGGAGGGACGCACAGGAGUCAGAUUACAACUUUGUGAGGCCCCUUGACUCUGGACACACUGAAGCUGCCUUUGUUUGACUGGAAACUAGAGGGGGGGGGGGACGAAAGAGGAGGAGGAAGAGGAGGAGGAAGAGGAGGAGAGCCUGCGAGUGAGGAGAAAGAGGCAGAGGGAGCUCCAUCUGUCCUCUCUCACAGAGCUCAGAGAGGAGUUGGACCCCCCAGCAGUGAAGAUGCCGUCCCGCGGGCCCCCCUGGUUCUUUGGAUUAUCUCUGCUGCUCCUGCGGUUCUGCUCGACCCGUCAGCUGCUGGACGGCCCCCAGAGCGCCUUGGAGCUGACCGAGCUGAUCGGGGUCCCCCUGCCCCCCUCCGUCUCUUUCGUCACCGGCUUUGGGGGUUACCCCGCCUACAGCUUCGGCCCGGACGCCAACGUGGGCCGGCUCACCAAGUCCUUCCUCCCGGACCCGUUUUACCAGGACUUUGCCAUCACCGUCACGGCCAAGCCCACCACCCGGCGAGGGGGGGUGCUGUUCGCCAUCACAGAUGCUUAUCAAAAGAUGGUGCAGCUGGGCGUGGCUUUCUCUCCGGUGGAGGAUGACUCCCAGAGGAUCAUCCUGUAUUACACCGACCGAGAGGCGGGAACUCAGGAGGCCGCCUCCUUCAAAAUGGGGGAGCUGACGGGAAGAUGGGCCCGGUUUUCUCUGACCGUGAAGGGUGCCGAGGUGCGUCUCUACAUGGAUUGUGAAGAGUACCGUCGAGUCGCCUUCACCAGGACCGCUCGACCUCUGACCUUUGAGGCCAGCUCAGGGAUCUUCGUUGGGAAUGCUGGAGGAACCGGUCUUCCCAGGUUUGUGGGCUCCAUCCAGCAGCUGGUGCUGAAGUCGGAUCCGGCCGCCGUGGACGACCAGUGCGAGGAGGAUGACCCCUAUGCCUCCGGGUACGGCAGCGGAGACGACGGUGCCGAGGAUGAGGAGAGAAAGGAGGAGGCGAAGAAGGUCGUGGAGGAGCAGGAUUAUCCGAUGCCUUUUCCAGUUUUGGACUCCACCUUCAGCGCUCCAGUCCAAGCUCCGCCCACUGAGGUGUCAUUCAUCGAUGAUGAAGAUGAAGAGACAGAGGAAGGUUCUGGACACACGGCGGAGCCAACACUGACAGUCAAAUCCUCUCAGACAGAAGCUCCUGAAUCGUUCUCUCCAGGACAGAAGGGGGAUCCAGGGGAACCGGGACCCCCGGGACCUCCCGGUCCUCCUGGACAAGCUUCAGAUGAAGGAGGGGUUCCCGGACCUCGAGGUCCACAGGGACCUCGGGGGCCUUCAGGCCCCCCCGGACUUCCUGGCAAAGAUGGAGAUUCUGGACGUAAAGGAGAAACUGGACUUCCGGGACCGGCGGGAUUCCCAGGAAUUCCAGGAGAUCCUGGUUCCAAAGGAGAGAAGGGCGAUGCUGGUGUUGGACUGCCCGGCCCCCCAGGACCUCCAGGACCUCCAGGAUCUCCCAGCAGAUCCUCUAACAUCCCGGAGGGGUCUGGAUUCGAGGACUUUGACAGUGACGCUGAGAUACUCCGGGGCCCCCCAGGACCACCGGGACCUCCAGGGCCUCCAGGAACCCCGUCUGAAGACGUCCUCACCGGACUUCCUGGGAAAGACGGCGAGAAGGGAGAAGCUGGUCUUCCUGGGGUUGAUGGAAAAGACGGAGAGGCGGGGCCUGUGGGGGAGAAGGGGGAGAAGGGAGAGGCCGGCGUGAGCGGGCGGCCAGGACCAAAGGGAGACCAGGGCUCCUCCGGGUUCCCGGGCCUGCCAGGACCACCGGGUCCAGAGGGACAGCCGGGACCCAGAGGUCCACCCGGCCCCCCAGGACCUCCAGGACCUGCAGCCAGAGGCUUCGCUCCAGCGUAUGAGGAUCUGGAAGGAUCCGGGAUGGUGGAUGAGUUCGGAACCAUGUUGUUUGGAGGUCAACAGGUCUCCGCGGGAUCUCCUGGCCCCCCAGGACCAAAGGGCAAAGACGGAUUAGACGGCGUCCCAGGAACGGCGGGGCAAAAGGGAGAGCCGGGAGACGCCGGACCGCCAGGGUUUCCUGGUCUGGAGGGACCGGAAGGAGUCCAGGGACCAAAGGGCGACCGAGGCGACCGAGGACAGAAGGGAGAAUCGGGACGAGAUGGUCUGGCUCUGCCGGGGCCCCCAGGACCUCCUGGACCUCCUGGACCCGUCAUCAACCUGCAUGAUCUUCCUCUCAACAUCACCGACGCUGCCUUCAAUCUGUCAGGAAUCGUUGAGGCUCUGGGCCCCCCUGGACCGCAGGGUCCAAAGGGAGACAUGGGUCUGCCGGGGAUCCACGGGUCUCCAGGACUGAAAGGGCAGAAGGGCGAGCCGGGGGUGCUGGUCGCAGCAGACGGAUCCAUGAUGUCCCACCUGACCGGACCGAUCGGGCCCAAAGGACUGAAGGGAGAUGAUGGUCUUCCAGGACCCCCCGGAGUUCCAGGACCAGUGGGGCCAGCAGGACCCAAAGGGGACAUUGGUAUCCCUGGACGUUCAGGCCGCCCGGGGCUGAUGGGGCCUAAAGGAGAGAAGGGGGAUCCCCGGGGCCUUCCUGGACUCCCUGGUCCUCCUGGAGCUCCAGGCCGUCCUGGAAUCUUCAACUGUCCCAAAGGAAACCGGUUCAGGGUGGUUCCUAAAUACUCCUGCAUGCUGCAUGUCAACACUGGAAAGGUGAACGCUCGCUGUCAGGACCUGACUGAGCUCCAUCCCAACGGCAGCGUUGCAGCUGGGAACUGUCAGUCAGGACUGAAAGGAGAAAAAGGGGAGAUGGGUCCUCCAGGUUCACCAGCAUCACCACUGUCUUUCCUCCCCAGAGGACGCUCGGGCUCCAGCGGAGAUCAGGGCAUCAAAGGGGAAAAGGGACAGAAGGGGGAUCCGGGUUCUCCGGGCCAGCCCGGGAUCCCGGGGCGGUCCGGACUGGUGGGACCCAAAGGGGACUCAGUGCUCGGUCCUGCAGGUCUCCCAGGAGUCCCAGGCCCACCGGGGGUCCCAGGCUUUGGCAGACCGGGGCCCCCUGGACCCCCUGGUCCUCCUGGUCCCCCCCUGUUCCCCUCCAGAUACGGCUCAGCUCUGUCCGGCCCCCCCGGACCCCCCGGGCCCCCUGGACCUCCUGGUGCUUCGAGUGAUGCAGCAGCUAUCAAAACCUUUUCCACUCGAGAGAGCAUGAUGCAGCAGACCCUCCGCGACGCCGACGGGACGCUGGCGUUCGUGACGGCGUCCGGAAGCCUCUUCCUGAAGGUUUCCCAGGGAUGGAAAGAGAUACAGCUUGGAAGCCUGAUCUACCUCUCCAGUAACAUUAUUCCACAGGACGAGCCUCAAGCUGCUUUUCAAGUGAGAGGAGAAAUGCUGCAGAGAAUCCGCUCCAGUUCAGAGAGGCUGACCCUGGUGGCCUUGAACCAGCCGCACUCGGGCGACAUGAUGGGCCUGGACAUGGUUGACCGCAUGUGCUACGAGCAGGCAAAGGCCAUGGGUUUGGCUCCCCACUACCGCGCCUUCAUCUCCUCCCACAAGCAGGACCUGGUCCAUGUGGUCUACCCUGGUUUCAGAGAAGCUCUGCCAGUGACCAACCUCAGGGGAGACGUGAUGUUCUGGAACUGGCGCUCCAUUUUCAGCGGGAACGGAGGCUCGUUCAGUCCUAGGAUACCCAUCUACUCCUUUGAUGGCCGGGACGUGUUAUCUGACCCCUUCUGGCCGAAGAAAAGCAUCUGGCAUGGCUCCACCAGCCGGGGGCUCAGGAUGGUGGACAAACACUGCGAGACGUGGCGAGCAGACAACCUCUCUGUCACCGGCCAGUCGUCCAGCCUGACCUCCGGGCUGCUGCUGGGCCAACAGACGCGAAGCUGUUCCAACGAGUUCAUCGUCCUCUGCAUCGAGACCCACAAAAACCUUUGACCUUUUCCCUGCACCCCUCUGCAUCCACGAUGACCCAAAACAGGAACAUCAGGACGUGUUCAGCUCCUCCCCCAUGCUGCAGUGUGUCAUGUUUAAGCCCCGCCUCCUGUUGUUUCCCGUCAGCCUGUUCAUGAGGCCUUACUUACUCCUGCAGACGACUCCAGGUAUGUUCUGUCCAGGUGAUACCAGGGGAUGUUGAUGCUGCGCUAAACUAAAAUCAAUGCAGAGCGACCUGGAGGCACAUCUAGGAAUGUGAAACAAACUCAUUUGGUUUGGCUAAAAACAUCCAAAGAUUAAUGUGGUGAUGAAACUCUGCAAAAAGCACCUUAAUUUUCACUAGAACAAUGUUUUCAGGGGUAAAACUAUUCUUGCAUUUUACUGAAACAGAAGACAGACUGAUGCAGAGAUGUGGACGUCUCUGACAUGUCCUCACGCUUCCAGAUUCUAGUUUUCUAAUGUUUUUCUUACUGUUUUUUAUGACCUUAAAGAAAACGUUUCCAGCAUGAAGUGAGACGAGCAGAGUUCAACCAAAGUCCUGUUUAAUGCACUGUACCGUAUUUCCUUCUGUCACAUCGUAGUUUUUCUGUAGUUUUCAUCUGUUUUUGUCUCUCUGACUUCCCAGCUUCUAUAGGGUUAUUUAAUUUAAUGUCAGUGAUUUAUUUAUGCCGUCACAGCACAUAAGGUGAAAUCAAAUGGUUCAACUGAAGAAUGUAAAUUAUCAUUUGUUUGUCAAAUGGUUGUUUGUUCUCACUUUUUGUCUGCUGUGAUCUUUAGUUUUGUACUUUGCCUUUUUCUAAAUAAAAUUUUGACUUUUU